GCUCGCUCAUUUCUUGCUGCCCUGCUCUCAAAAUUCACAAAUCCCAAUUGGACUUUUCCGCUAUUUUUGUUCAUUCAAAAAAAGACGCGCUUGUGUUCAAUUCGAGUCGGUGUUAACACAUCUAAUACAUAUUAACGACAAUGGGUGUACCAGCUGGUGAUGUUGAGAAGGGCAAGAAGCUGUUCGUGCAGCGUUGCGCGCAGUGCCACACCGUUGAGGCUGGUGGCAAGCACAAGGUGGGCCCCAACCUACACGGUCUGAUCGGUCGCAAGACUGGCCAGGCUGCCGGCUUCGCCUAUACAGAUGCCAACAAGGCUAAGGGCAUCACCUGGAAUGAGGAUACUCUCUUCGAGUACCUCGAGAACCCCAAGAAGUACAUCCCCGGCACCAAGAUGAUCUUCGCCGGUUUGAAAAAGCCCAAUGAGCGUGGCGAUCUGAUUGCCUACCUGAAGGCAGCCACCAAGUAAAUGAAGUGCACGCUGCUUCAUUAAUUCCUAGCACCACCUUAGCAGCCGUAGACUUUGGUAUUACGCCCAUUAUGCAAUUAAUGGGGGCGUGUCGCUGCCGAUGGGCAUGUGUUCAGGUCUCAACAGCAACAGAAUACAAAACUU